AUGUCUGACGAAUUUGUUAUUAAGCCAGAAUCAGUGGCUCCAUCUAAUGACACCUCUGAGUGGCCAUUAUUAUUGAAGAACUAUGAUAAAUUAUUAGUAAGAUCCGGACACUACACCCCAAUUCCAGCUGGUGCCUCUCCAUUAAAGAGAGACCUUAAAUCAUACGUCUCUUCCGGUGUUAUCAACUUGGACAAACCAUCCAACCCAUCAUCCCAUGAAGUUGUUGCCUGGAUUAAGCGAAUCUUAAGAGCUGAAAAGACUGGUCACUCUGGUACUUUAGAUCCUAAGGUUACUGGUUGUUUGAUUGUCUGUAUUGACCGUGCUACUAGAUUAGUCAAGUCUCAACAAGGUGCUGGUAAGGAGUAUGUUUGUAUUGUUAGAUUGCAUGACGAAUUAGAAAACGCUAAGGAAUUAGGUCAAACCUUAGAAAACUUGACUGGGGCUUUGUUCCAAAGACCACCUUUGAUUUCUGCUGUCAAGAGACAAUUGAGAGUCAGAACUAUUUACGAUUCCAAGUUAAUUGAAUUCGAUAAUAAGAGAGGAUUGGGUGUCUUUUGGGCUUCUUGUGAAGCUGGUACUUAUAUGAGAACUUUGUGUGUUCAUUUAGGUAUGUUAUUGGGUGUUGGUGGUCACAUGCAAGAAUUACGUCGUGUUCGUUCAGGAGCUUUAAGUGAAGCCGAUGAAAUGGUUACUUUACAUGAUGUUUUGGAUGCUCAAUUUGUUUACGAUAAUACCAGAGAUGAAUCUUACUUGAGAAAGAUCAUUAAGCCAUUGGAAACCUUAUUGGUUGGUUACAAGAGAAUUGUCGUUAAGGAUUCUGCUGUUAACUCUGUUUGUUAUGGUGCUAAAUUGAUGAUUCCAGGUUUAUUGAGAUACGAAGAAGGUAUUGAAUUAUAUGACGAAGUUGUCUUGAUCACCACCAAGGGUGAAGCUAUUGCUAUUGGUAUUGCACAAAUGACCACCGUUGACUUGCAAUCUUGUGAUCACGGUAUUGUUGCCAAGGUUAAGAGAUGUAUUAUGGAAAGAGACACUUACCCAAGAAGAUGGGGUUUAGGUCCAGUUGCUCAAAAGAAGAAGCAAUUAAAGGCUGAUGGUAAAUUAGACAAGUUCGGUAGAGUUAACGAAAAUACCCCAGAAACUUGGAAGAAGGAAUACAAGGAUCAUGAUGAAGAACCUGCCCCUGCUGUUCCAGAAUCCAAAUUAGUUGCCCCAGAAGUUCAAUUACCAAAGAAGACUUUGAUUGAAGAAGUUGAAACUGAAGAAAAGGAAGAAAAGAAGGAAAAGAAGGAAAAGAAAGACAAGAAGGAAAAGAAGGACAAGAAAGAAAAGAAGGAAAAGAAGAGAAAGUCCGAAGAUGACGAAGAUAAGAAAGAAAAGAAGAAGAAGCAAAAGAAGUAG